GGAGAGCAGGCCGGGGCUAUCAUCGUGGCGGCGAUCGUCCCCACGCCUCCAUGCCCUCUGACUCCGCGAGCCUUCACUUACCGCCGCACUGCUCGGUAUAUGCUCCGCGUUGCUGCUCGUGGUCUUGCUGCCCGUGGUCUUGCUGUCCACGGCCUUGCUGCUGCUGCCAACUAUAGGUUAAUGAGGUGAUCUGGAAAGCCGGGAGUCAAUAUGCCAUCGAGGUCAUGUGCACCCAAGACGGAAACCGGUUCAACAACUCGGCUGCCGGCGGCGGCUUCACUAUUUCGUUUGUGGACAACACCGAGCGCCAGCUGGCAAUCAUUGGCUCGGGCACGUUUCCAAGCAGCAUCAACUCGUCCCUGGUCUCCACGAAUGUGUCGGUGACGGUCCCCGGCGAUCUCGCCACAAACACCUACAAACUGAGGCUCUGUCUCACCGCCGACAACUGCCGAUCCAACACCGAGUCCCCGUUCGUUGUUCCCGUCAGCGGUCACAGCUCCAACAACCCAAUCAACCCAAACAACCCCGAUUCUCUCAUCACCAACACCCCUGCCCCGCCCAGCACCGGCUCGAUCAUUGGCAUCUCGGUCGCCGGCGUUGCCUUCCUGUGUCUGCUCGGAGGCGGCGGCUUCUACUUCUGGAGAAGGUGGAGAACUAGAUCGAUCAUGAAGCAUGGAGAUAUCUCCCACCAGCAGCUGCUGGAUGGCUAACUAUGUUCGGCCGCCAGUUGAUAGCCGCGGGCUAGCGAGCAGAGCACGCUGCAGCCAGUA